CUAUAAGGUAAAAACUUCUGUUAACUUUAACGUUAAAAAAUGAGUUAUUAAUUAUGUUUAUGUUCAUAGAAAAGAACUUGGGCUUGUAAAGAACAAUUACAACUGGUAGCUGUGCGUUUCAGCUGUCAUGCAGGUAAUACCACCAAGCCACCACAAUGAGGAGACAGGAGAACCAGCCAGCCAGGCCAACAGGCAGCCUGUCUGUGCCGCUCUUUAACCAGAAAAAAAGAAACAGAGUUCCUUUGACAUCUACUCCCUCUGAGAAUGAGUUCUUCUCUCACAGUGAAUACAUGGCCAGCACCAGCACCAUCUCAGCUACAUCUCAUGGCACAUCAGGUACCUAUGGAUGUUACCAGGCCUCAGCUCCGUCCUCUGGUGCUCCACAAAUCCUCCAGUGGAACAGGCAGGGCAUCCAACAGCCUACUCCUCCACAGCAGUAUGGCAGCAACAGACCUGCUCCUGGACCUGCCCCUGCAGUGAGAACCUAUACACCCCUACCACAUCCAUACAAAGCUGGAGGCACAAGCGCUAAAAUGGGACAGCCCAGCAACCCAGUGAGACAACAGAAUUUCAGCCCCAGUGUUAACUCCACGCAGAGCAAAUAUCAAGCCCCACACAUCAGCGAGAGUGCACAGAUCAAGCCAACACCCCAUACUGGGUUCUCUCAGAUGGGUCAGCAGUCAUCUUACAGACAGCCCAAUCCCACACAUCAGUAUUCCCAGCAGCAGCCCAGACCUUUGCCUGCACCUGUCCCACCACCCCCCAGCAGGCCCUCUGCUCGUGCAACGCCGCCACAAAACAACUCCUGGAAGUUUACUAACAGCUUUGGGCUGCAGAAAUCCCCCUUUGAGGGAAACAAGAGCACAAAUCCACCUCAGGCUGUGCAACAAACUCAGCAGGUGAGAUUUCCAAUGAAGCCAGCCGUUGAAAACUCACUGAGAAUCCUGACUUCAGUUAUUGCUGGCAUGAGACACUGGAGCCAGUUCAAAGACAAAGUCCCAUACAUGUUUGAGCUAUUCGCUACUCUGGACUCUGCGGUCACACUGGGUCGCCACGGAGCCAAGAACUUCCUCAUGAGAGACGGGAAGGACGUUGUGCCGUGUAUCUUCUAUGAAAAUGAGCAGGAGCUGCCCCGUCUCAUCCGUGGUCAAGUCCAUCGCUGUGUGGGAAACUAUGACCGCAGCAGGGAUGUCCUGAUGUGUGUGUCCGUCAGACCCGGCCUGCCCUCGGAGCUGAGGAACGCUCAGGAGGCUGUCAAAGCCUGCGACGCAGAAAUGAGAGCGCUGGCCAAAUUACUCAGUGAAGUCUGAGCAUGAGUAGGUAUCUACAGCAGCACAAGACUGAUAGUACAGAAAGUACACCAGUAUUUGAUGAGAGUGAAUGAGAGCCAAGCUUAUAUAGUAAUAGAUAACUCUUGUUAUGGGUAGAUGUUUAAAGUAUUAUUAAAGUGUUUGACCUGUAGAGGGCGCUGUUGCGCAGUUGUACUGAAAUUUAACAGUUGAACUCACUAGCAUGUUCUGGCGUUUUUUUGUAUUUGAAAGAAAUAUAUAAAGAGUUGUUUCGUUUUAACGGAAA